AGUCGUCACGCUGUUUGUAUAGGAAGUAUUGGAAUGACCUGACAGGCUGAUGCACUUCCCUUUUGGUCGACUCUCUCUUGUGAGACAAUGUGUAAUCCCACGUUAUUUUAGAUCCAACCACAGAUUGUGAUUCACAGCCUUUAAAUACAUGGAGUUUAUGACACUGAAGGAGAAGAGCGAAACGGAGCCUCGAAAGUUGCCGUCGAUCUACCACAAUUCAACUACUAGUGUUGACCACUGAAAAGCAAUGUUAAAGCAGUAUCAGCCUACAAAUGCGUACUCUGCUGUUAGUGUUGUUUUGCACCGUUGCUCUGCAAUGGGAUCGUGUCAGCUGCCAGAAAUCUGUUUACGUGUCCAACACACAGCUGGUACCUCAUGGGAAUGUCUGGCGUUCAGACAGACCUGGAGAAGUUACACCGAACCGCAAUGGAGACGAGUGUGAUAUGGUGAUGAACCUGUCUGCCAGUCAGAGAUGUGAGUUUGUGAAGAAUACACCGGACUGUACUUCAGAUGAAGGCUUCAUCAAGUACCCUGUGGUCACCUUUUGCCUGUUCCCACCUAAUCUGCUGCCUCUAGCCAUCACACUCUAUGUCAUCUGGUUGUUUGCUCUGUUCCUUCUUCUUGGGCUGAUUGCAUCAGACUUUUUCUGUCCAAACCUCUCAGCCAUUUCCUCCACACUGAGACUGACUCAUAAUGUGGCCGUAUCCUUUAAAUAGCUGAAAUGUGGCUGGUCAGCUGAUGCUUGUAAUUUGUCCUCAUAUUGCAUAGGUUGAGAAGGUUAAUUACUCCUGCUGUGUCCUUAUCAACCACAUAAAUGAUAAACUCCUGAGUACUGGAGUGAAGAGAAUAUUACAGCAUGCUAAACAACUAGACAUAUCAAAUGGUUAGUCUGUUACUAUGUCAUAGUGUUAGCCAAGACUGUGUCAUCCUGGGUAGAGUUUGUUUAACACUUGGGUACUCUUUGUGUUCUUAAAGGAAUAGUUCACCUCAAAAAUGAAAAUUCUGUCAUCGUUU